AUGCAUACACGUAUGAAUAUACACGCAACACUGCUCGAAACACUUCUGACAACACUGCUCGAAACACUUCUGACAACACUGCUCGAAACACUUCUGACAACACUGCUCGAAACACUUCUGACAACACUUCUCGAAACACUUCUGACAACACUGCUGGCACAACCUCAGGCACAAGUGCACUUGGCUCCCGCAGAGGGAAAGCUGGGGAGAGAAAAAUCACACUCGCUUGAGAAGACCCUGCACUCACAAAAGUUCAUUCAAGGAAAAUUUUCAGAGGAAGAAAAAAAUGGAAUUCACAACAAAAAAACAAGGAGGGGAAGACAAAAAAGUGAAGGAAAUGAUGUACUAUUACAAAAAAACAUUCUGGAAAAAAAAAGCGAAAAAGUGACGUAUUAUCCAGGGUUCUGUAAACAAUUAGGAACGACAGGAAGAAGAUGUAUGUUAGAAUUAAUUCGAAGGGUGUAUAGAAAAAAUACAUCCAUAUGUAAAAAUAUUCUGUCACAUAAAAUCCAACCACCUACUUGUAUUUCAAACUUACCAUUUUUUAACAUUAACAUGCUAUGGAAAUUGUCUUAUGAAUUUGGUGUUUUCGAUGAGGCACUAAAAAUUCACAAAAUAUAUGAACAAAAUGCAAAUUCUUUUGAUCAAUUUUUCAAGAAGGGACAUAUCCAUAGGAAUAGUGUUCAGGAAAUUAAAUCUACUCCUAAAGAAAAUUACAAAGAAACAAAAAACGGAAUGCAUAGCUCCCAAGUGAAGAAGUAUAGCACUAAUCAUAGUCGAUCGGAUGCAAACACAGAAGAAGGAGGUACAAAUUUGUAUCCCUCCUCCUCACCAAUAAGAAUUGACAAAUCCGAUGAGUGCUCUGUCUCCUGCAGAAUGAAUUUGGAAAAAAUGGAAAAAUGUAACGAGCGAAGAAUGAAAAAUGGAAAAGUACAACUAGGUGAAAUUAUAAAUGGACUCAGCAUUCGUAGGGAGAAAAAACAGACAAACAGGAAAUGCCACGAAUUUUUCCACAACAACUCCUGGGGUGCAACCCACAAAGAGGACAAACGCUCGCCUCAUUCAGAGCCACGUCAUUCAGAAAGAAUUCUCCCAGGCAUCAAUCAGCAGAGUGAAGAGAAUUCACAAGAGGAUGACACAGAGCUCUUGACAGAAGAAGCGAAGAAAAUGUCACAACUGUAUGGGGAAGAAGAAAUGAAAAAUAGAAAAAAAAAUAUGCCCAAGUUUUCACCUUGGAUCAUUUUGAACAGUGGGGAUAUCUCGAAGGAGUGCCCAAAAUUUUUAAGUGAAAAUAGGACGAGGCCAAAUUUGGAAUUUUCGCCAUGUCUAGAAAAGAAAAAUGCUCAAAAUUGUAACUACUCAAAAGAGAGAGAUUACGAAAAUCAGAAUUCUUACUAUUUAAUAAGUAAGGACUCGAGAGAAGGUGAGAAAAUUUCAGGAGAAAGAAACACAGUGAGUGUAGUUAUUCGUGAAAGGGAUGAAGAAGAAGAAGAAGAUGAGGCAGAAGGAGAAGCAACCAGACUGAAGAUACAUUUUAACAAAAAUUGUGAAUCGUGCAGAAUGAAUUUAGAGAAUAAUAAACUGAGAAUUAAAAAGGAUGAUAUAAAUGUACACAAAGAGAACAUAAAUAUAGAUGAAAAGAAGGGAAGGAGACUUAAAGCAGAGAUGUCUCCUUACACUUAUGAUAUAAAAAAUGUUUUUGGAUUAAAUUCUUCAGAUGUUCUAUCUUCCAGUAUUACUCACAUUAUUAAUGGUAUACUAUUACAUAUUAAUAAAAAAAAUGUUUUUUCAAUAAAAUCACAAAAAAAAUUCAUGCGUGAUUAUUGCUUGUUGCUUAUUCCAUUUAAAAAAGAGAGAAAAAGAAACAAGACAAAUAAAAAAGACCAACUAAAUUCGCAGGGAAAUAUUUACAUUCGAAAUGAUAAACCGAUACAACAAAUCCAUAGAGGUGCAGCUGCAUAUGAAACAAAUUUUAAUCAAAAUAGUUCAUUUAACUCGACAAACCAAAAAAUGGUAACAAAACCAAAUGUAAUGAAUAAUUCUAUAGAUCGGUCUAAUUUUGUAAUUUCAAAUAAUUCCAUAAGGAAUGAUAAACCAUACAAUCAACGGAUAAAUACUCAUAAGAGGAAAAAGCAAUGCACUGCUACUACAUCCACAGAAAUGAAGACUAAGAAGAUGGCGAUGCCUAUGUCGAUGAUGAUGACAACAGCAUACCCCUUCGAUAUAAAUACAUCUGUUAAUUCAAAUACCCUAGAAGAUACAAGCGAAAAUGCCCAUUUGAAUGACAUAUCUAAUCAAACGUUGUACCAACAAUACAGCAGUGAGAAUAUCGACACAUGCAUGAGAAAGGUAAAACAUGCAGGAGGGAGAAGUUCCCCCAAACUAGUGCCAGCGCUGGGCACUUCAAAACGGACGACGUUGUUACUAGCGGAUGAGGGGUCGACAUCUGAAUACAGUAACUUCAUAAAGGAACAAUCUUUCAAUCCUCCACUAGUUCAGUCGAUCGAAAGUGGAAGUGGUGGAGUUAGUGGAAAUGUGGAUAGAAGCAACCACACAGGUAGCAACAGAAACAUGAUUUACACGGAUCGAAAACAAAAAGAUACUCACAAGGAACAUUACGAUAUAGAAUGGAAGCACUACUCGGUUAAUGCAUCCGUGCAACAAAUCAUUAAACAAUGCGUUACUGACAGGAAGGAUAACACUAUUAAACUACUAAAUGAAAUCAUGGCAAAUGAGAAGAACUUUUUUAAUUCCAUAAAAAAAAAAAAAAAUUUCAAAAAUAAAAUUAUCAAUAUGCCCAAAAUCCAAAAAAAAAUGAACAGUAUGGAGAAAAAUAAAAAAAUUGAAAAAGAAGACCUUAUCAAUUUCUUACGACAAAGGGAUUUGCAAAAUUCGUUUAGUAAUGAUGCACACAAAAUGUGUUUCAUCAAGGGUGGGAAAAAAAUGGUUAUGAAUUUCGCAAAUGGUAGACGUUUGGAAAAUGUUAAAAGUUUGGAAAAGUAA